UAGGAUGCAAAGAAAUAUUAACAACAAUGGUAUGCAUCAAGCAUGUGCAGCAUGCAAACAUCAAAGAAAAAAAUGCAGUGAAAAUUGCAUAUUAGCACCUUACUUUCCAUCAAAUAAAAGUAAAGAAUUCAAAGCAGUGCACAAAGUUUUUGGUGUUAGCAACAUAACAAAAUUGGUAAGGAAUGCUCAAGAAGUAGACAGAAGAAGAGUUGUGGAUUCAUUGAUAUGGGAAGCAAUUAGUAGACAAAAGGAUCCUAUAAAUGGUUCUUAUGGAGAGUAUAUAAAAGUAUGCAAUGAGUAUAAAAAAAUAUUUGAAGAACUUAAGAUGUUUAGAGAACACCAAAAUCAAUUGUUGCAAAUGCCACCUCAUCAUGAGAAUAAGAAUGGUAUUAUGGAUUCUACUACAAUUUAUAAUUCAUAUUGUUCAAAUUAUUUACAAGAUCUUGAGAGUUUGAGGACAGAAGUUGUCAUCCCAAUUCAGCAGCACUCUCAGUCAUACUAUAUUACAGGUGAUGAAUUCAACCAAUGAACAAUGGGAGCAUGGUAGAAGCUAGGCACAACCUGGGUUGGCAAUCAUGCAGAGUGAAGGAAGUUUCAUAUUUGGAUAUGAAAUUUAAAAUAUAUGGCCUUUUUUUGUUUUUGUGC